GGCAAGUUUGCGAGUUGCGGGUGGGCGCCUCGCCCGCCCUGCCCUCGACGUCCCGCUUUGCGGCAGGGCGCGGCAGCAGGCCGGGGCGCGCGGCUCGGCGGCGGCCGCCUAUGAAGGACUCCUUCUCCGCGGGCUCCGCCGCCAGCGCUGGGCAGGAGGCGGCGGCGAGGCGCGCCAUGGACGGCGGCGGCGGCGCGCCGGCGGCGCUGGAGAAGGAGGCGGCGGACCUGACGGUGAUGGACGUGUACGACAUGGCCUCGGCGGUGGGCCAGGAGUUCGAGCGGCUCAUCGAGGUGCACGGCUGCGAGGCCGUCGGCCGCCUGAUGCCCAAGGUGGUGCGCGUGCUGGAGGUGCUGGAGGUGCUGGUCGGCCGCAACCACCUCAACCCGGAGCUGGAGGAGCUGCGCCUGGAGCUCGACCGCCUCCGGCUGGAGAGGGCGGAUCGCAUCGAGAAGGAGAGGAAGCACCAGAAGGAGCUGGAGCUGGUGGAAGAUGUGUGGCGAGGGGAAGCCCAAGAUCUCCUCACCCAGAUUGCUCAGCUGCAGGAGGAGAACAAGCAACUGCUGACCAACCUCUCGCACAAAGAUGUGAAUUUCUCGGAAGAAGAGUUCCAAAAGCAUGAAGGAAUGUCGGAAAGGGAGAGGCAAGUAAUGAAAAAGCUGAAGGAAGUGGUAGAUAAACAGAGGGAUGAAAUCCGAGCCAAGGACAGAGAGCUGGGGCUGAAGAAUGAGGAUGUAGAAGCGCUGCAGCAGCAGCAAAAUAGGCUAAUGAAAAUCAAUCAUGACCUUCGCCACAGAAUCACCGUGGUGGAGGCUCAAGGAAAAGGACUCAUAGAGCAGAAAGUGGAGCUGGAGGCGUAUCUGCAAACCAAGGAGCAGGAAAUGGGAGCACUGCGGGCUGAGCUGGGAAAGCUCAGAGAGAAGCUUCAGGGAGAGCACAGCCAAAACGGAGAAGGUGCUCUGGUGGAAGAACCAAACCACGAAGAAUACAUCUCGGAAUCGGAAAAGAUGGCCAUGGAUUUGAAAGACCCAAAUCGCCCCAGGUUUACUUUGCAGGAGCUGAGAGAUGUUUUACAUGAGAGGAACGAACUGAAGUCUAAAGUCUUCCUGCUGCAAGAAGAACUUUUGUAUUAUAAGAGCGAUGAGGCUGAUGAAGAAACAAGAUCCCCUCAACCUACACCCGUCAUUCAUUCAAAACCAUCCGCUCAGCCAGAGUCUGGUAUCAAACGGCUGUUUAGCUUCUUCUCCCGUGAUAAGAGACGGAUGCAAGCCAGCCAGAGAAGUGCCCCCUUCCAGAAUUCCUUUGGCGAAUGGGCCGACUCAAACAAAGACGAUGUGUACACCGAACAAGGGCUUGAAGCCUUGCAGCAUCUGUGACAGCACAAGGGGAACGGUUUGGCUGCUUUGGUAACAAAUGUGGAGGAACUCGCAUAGCAGACAGCGGCACCAGGAUGCGUUUCUUCCCCCAACUCCCUUGCCUUACACAACGUGAUUGGCGAAAAAGCUUAUUUCCGGACCGAUUUCCAAAAGAGAUCCUUUAAUGUUUACUUUUGGCUGCCAAAAGCAAGAUUCAGGCAUCUGUAAUGAUGGGCCUCGUAUACUCUGGUGUAGCAACACUUCUAGAUCACUGGCUGUGUAUUAAUUUAACAAGCCUGUGGGUGUUUUGGGGUAUUGCUUUGUUUGUUUGUUUCCCCAGUCACUGCACUUAACACUUUUCUUAAACCCAAAAAGGAUACGGACUGUUACUAAAAACCUGCAUCGGCCAUUGGCAGUCCUGUUGAAACUCUCUGCCUGGUGGGAAAAGAAAGGCAAUGGCGAUUUCUGAUCAUUUUUCUUCUUCUGCUAAUGACAGUUUUAGGGAAUUUGCAUCCACUGGUCUUCUCCGUCACAGUAGAAGAUCCAUCGAGUUUGUAGCCUGGGCUCUUUCCUCCUCCUCGAGUGGCACCUUCCAUUUUGGAAAGCUGGCCAAGGCAAAUCUUGGAACUGGAUCCAAAUAGCUUGGAACUGUGUAUUUUGGUUUGUUAUUUAUAGUGCCUAAAGAAUGAUGGUGUAGGAGGGAAGGGUGCCUUGCAGUUUUGCUAUGAAUUCUCUGAUGUAUUAAUGGAAACUAAACUGUAGAAAUUCAUGCUAACCUUUUUUAAAAAUUAUCCUCAUACCCCAGUUGCCACUCUCUUGUUCAAAGGGCACAGUGUUUCUUUUCCGCAAGGACCUUGGGAACAAAGUCAGCCAACUUUUACACCUGGUUCCUCCAGAUAUAUGGUCAGGAUCCGAAGAGCUACGUUUUGCAUGCCUAUUUGUUAUGGAAAUCUCAGCUGGGGUUCCUGGAUGCUGGGGAGUUGCUACCUGGUUCUUGUCCCUUUUACAUUACGUUGCAGUUGGCCUGUCCUGAUGCAACCUCAUCUGAGAUUCUUUUUAAAAAUGCUAUGCUAACACCUGUGCCCUGACCUGGAUAGCCCAGGUGAGCCUGAUCUCAUCAGAUCUCAGAAGCUAAGCCAGGUCGGCCUUGGUUAGUAAUUGGAUGGAAGAUCUCCAACGAAGACGAAGGGUUGCAGAGGCAGGCAAUGGCAAACCACCUCUGAUAGUCUCUUGCCAUGAAAACCCUCCAGGGGUUGCCAUUAAGUCAGCUAUGACUUGAGGGUACCCCACACACACACUAACACCCAUAUCACUCCAGCUUCUCUGCUUCCAAGUUGCUUAUGCAGUUUGGCAAGGAAAAGAGAUAAGACUUGGGAGUUGCAAUACCUGAGGGUCCGACCCACAGAGCCCUGCAUUCAGGUCUCUUUGCAACCAUGCUUUGUGGCCUUCAGCGAGCCAUUCCUCUCUCAGGUGCACAAAUGCAGGAGAAUCAAGGGAGAGAAUGGUGAGCAGGCACUGGAUUCCAGCUCUGAAUAUCCUUUUGUAUAAAAACAAACAUGCUGAUAGAAAACCACAACAUGGAGAUGGGUUCUAUUCAUUUUGUUUGCUGGAUGAGAUGGUUUUCCAUUUGCAGGGAGUUUUUAACAUUGGGCAUUUAAAAAUGUGAUCCUCUACCCACAGUCUGAAUUAGGGAGUCCAGAUUACCACCCCGGGGUCUCUGCCACUUCGUUCCCCCGCAAAGGUGAACCAGGCGCAGCCGUGAUUCCCAGUAUGCAAGAGAGAGAAAAACUAGGUUACGAACUUUUUAGGAAGUUGUUACAAAGGUUAUGGAUAUCUGUGAAGCACUUCUCAGAUUUAGGAACAAUGCUACUUAAAUCUGGUGGGUUUGGGUGUGAACCUUACGCUAACAACACGAGGUUUGUUUGUUUUUAAAGCUAAUGAAUCCUCUCUACAUUGUAGUGGCCUGUUUGUAAAACACUUUGAGGUUUCAGCAAUUCCCGAGUACUUGGAAUAAACCUAGAUUUAAGUUCCA